AUGAGGCGUCUAAUCCUACUGUUGCCCCAAGAGGUCGUCAGCGACCAUCCACAAGGCGCCGGGGAGCACGCGGCGGUCGGGGACGGUUCAAGGGCCUCUGCCAGAACGGAUGAGGAGGAAUUAUCGGGAUUCUAUAUUGAUAAUGAACUCCUCAUCCAUCUGGUGGAGGAACGCGUCCCACUCUGGGACCAUACCGACCGCCGCCAUGCAGAUAAUCACCUGACCCGGAGUCUGUGGAUGGAGAUUUGUUGCAAAAUACUUCCGGAUUGGGACGACCUCAGUGAAGGCCAACAGGAAGAUUGCAAGACGUCAGUCAUGGUGCGAUGGCGCUCAAUAAGGGACCGCUAUAAGAAAGAUUACAACGAGGAGGUCAAUCGCCCGAGUGGGUCUGGCGGAACCCGCCGGCAGCCGUACCGCUAUGCGGCUGCCCUAGGGUUCCUACGUAGAACCCUAGAGCUGCGAAGAACAACUAGCAGUACUCGGGCGCCAGAACCUCCUCGUGAAAGUGAUCAAGAGGCGGUCCCUACUGAGCUGCCACCCGCGGAUCCCUCUCCACCUCGUCCAGCACCUGGUCAGGAUCCAAAUCGUCCUCUACUCGUGCCCUCUGGUGACGCAACAAUGGCCGUUAUGGCGCCACUUUUUGAGGCGUUGAUGCGUCGCCAGAGGGCCGGUAGAAGCCGCCAAGCUGAUUAUGAAGACCUCACAAGGCUCUUGUAUGAGACCUUGUGUGGUUACAGCCAUAGGAUUGUAGCCAUGGAGGCCGAGCUGAGAAGUCUGCGGGAGUGUGUGGCGCAGUUUUCUCAGCCGGGCCCGCUACAAACCUAUUGGCCAUCAGUUAAUCAGCUGGUGGUGGACUUCACGCCCGACCAGGUGCUGGAGUUCAGACGUAGGGUGGAGGAUGCGGUGUGGGAUUUGAGACACCGCACAACUUCCGUCCCCCAACCACCGACCUAUCCCACGUCCCAUUCCUAUCCCCCAUCACAACCUCCUCACCCCUUCCAACCUCCGCAAACUCCAACCCGUCCACCUCAACCACCUCCCCAUUCUCCAAACCCCGAGCCUUUUCACCACUGUUCUCUCUCUCCUCCUAACUAUUUUCAACCAUCAACUUUCACCACUCCUUCUUCGCUGGCUCGUGCAACUCCUUCCCCCAAUCCCCCAUCCCGGUUGCAUACUCCCGCUGUCUCUCCUCCCACAUCGCACAUUUCUAUGUCCACCAGAACAUACGAAGGUGGAGAGGGAUCAAGCCAUGCACUGCCUUCCACCCCCCAACCUCCUCCUCAAAAUCCUCAAUACCGGGAUUUGUAA